AUGGGGUGGUCGGUGCGGCGUUCUCUGUUCGCUGCUUUGGUGGCAGUUCUUUUGGUUGGUCGGGUGGGGUUUUGCCAGCCGCCCGGGGGCGAGGGGGGCGGGGUAAGGGAGUACAUAACGUGGGAUGAUAUGACGGUGAUGGUGGGAGGGGAGGGGGAGGGGGAAGGGCAGGGGAUGAACUCAGGAGGGGGUGGGGGUAGCGGUGGCGGUGGCGGUGGCGGGGCGGGGUACUAUAAUAAUAGUAGUAGAGUAAUCGUAGUGGAUAAGAGCGGAGGCGGGCAUUCGCGAACAGUUCAGGGAGCGGUUGACAUGGUUCCACCCCACAACACUCAGAGGGUUAAGAUAUACAUUGCCCCUGGAAUUUACAGGGAGAAGGUUUUCAUAGCAAGCACCAAGCCCUAUAUUUCAUUCAUUGGCAACGAAAACAGAACUUUCGAUACGGUGAUAACAUGGAAUGACAAAGCAUCCGAUAAGGAUACCAAUGGCAAUGAACUGGGUACUUACAGAACAGCCUCUGUUGCUGUUGAAUCUGAUUUUUUCUGCGCCACUGGGAUCACCUUUGAGAACACAGUGGUGGCAGUGCCAGGUGGCUACGGCAUGCAAGCAGUGGCUCUCAGAAUAGCAGGGGAUAAAGCCAUGUUCUACAAGGUUAGGCUGUUGGGGUCACAGGACACCCUCUUGGAUGAGACUGGAUCACAUUAUUUUUACCGGUGUCACAUCCAAGGAAGUGUUGAUUUCAUAUUUGGCCAGUCCAGAUCUCUCUACCAGCACUGCGUUCUUCAAUCGACUGCGAAGGAGUUCGGAGCGAUCGCAGCGCACCAUAGGGAUUCCCCAGAUGAAGAUACGGGAUUUUCUUUCGUGAAUUGCAUGAUUAAUGGUACAGGAAACAUAUACCUGGGAAGAGCUUGGGGGAACUACUCGAGGGCGAUCUAUUCUUACUCCUACAUCAGUGGCAUUGUCAUUCCAGGGGGAUGGAGCGAUUGGGAUAUACCGUCGAGGCAGAAGACAGUGGAGUUUGGAGAGUUCAGGUGCAGGGGAAGAGGUGCAAACACAAGUACGUGGGUGCCAUGGUCGAAGUCGUACAGAUAUGAGGAAGUGCAGCAUUUUCUCAACACCACAUUUAUAGAAGGUGAUAAGUGGUUGAGGCUUAGCUGAGGAUUUUCUGAGACAAGCUUCUUGCAGUACCUGUAUUUAAAAACCACUGUCCCUUCAUUUACAUACUUUCCCAUUGUAUAGAUUCGUAGUAGAGGUACAAAUAUUGAAUAUACUCUGUUUAUCUUAGGAAAAUUUUGAAUAUACCCUGCAUUUUCUUUCUUU